AUGGCGAUAAAGAAGUCAAACAAAGUGGCGGCGUCUCAAGCAGCAACUCUAAAGAAAAUCUUGAAGAGAUGUUCAAGUCUUGGAAAAAAGAAUCAAGGCAAUUGCUACUUCAACGACGUGCCAAAAGGUCACUUCCCGGUCUACGUCGGUCAACACCGGAGUCGAUAUGUGGUCCCAAUCUCAUGGCUAGCUCAUCCCGAGUUUCAGACACUCCUCCAACUAGCCGAGGAAGAGUUUGGGUUUGAGCACGACAUGGGUCUCACCAUCCCUUGUGAUGAACUCGUCUUUCGAUCUCUCAUCUCCAUGUUCAGAUAA